UUCGCCCGGGCGACAGCGAAAAGAGGCAGAGGAGAAGAGAAAGGGACGAAACUGCGGCUGUCGCGAGCCCGCAGCGAUGAGAAAGCGCACGUAAGCGGCCCAAAGUCCCAUGUGAGGAGAUGUCAGCAUGCACGUUUGGCAAAUACUGCAUCUCAGAGGAGGAAAGCACGCGGACGCGUAAAUCUCUCUGAGUGAUUCAGUUCAAAUGCUAAGUACAACCGAGGAGAGAAACCACUUCCUUAGUCCCAGAAGUUGUUUAAUGAGAAAAAAACCAAAAGUGAAAAUUCUGAUUGUACCGUAUUAAGGUCUGCCGGAGAAUUUUCGUCUUAAUCUGGAAAAUAAGGGCAGACGAGCAGUCGCAUCUAUAUGGACGCACGAGCAGCUCGCUCCAGCGCGGAGAAACGCUUCAACGCUUUUAACGAGAGGAUGCGGUAUUGGACAGUGUCUUCGAAAAUAUAUUCGUGAUCCGUUCUCCCAGUUAUUACCUGCCUUUCCAAAAGUUGGAUUUCACGGCUCGCUACAAAGGCACUGGAUUUGUUAGAUCUGCACGAGUCUAAGAAGCGCGCGGCUGGAGAUGCACCGGCGGAGUGACAAAUCCGUGCGCGUUAGAGCCACGCUGGAAUUCUAACAGAGCUGCUAAGGAAAUUACUUAUCUGCCUUUACCACGGGCAACAUCUGGGAUCGUAGCGUCUUAAUCGGAGUUCACAGGGAUUUUACCAUGAUUUUAUUUCAUAUUCUGAGUAUCCUGUUUUUACUGGAUGAGGUGAUGUUCUCCGUGGUCAGCUCCUCGGGCUUGUCCGAGCUGGGUGCCCACACCUGGAGGGCUCCUAUGGACUGCCUCCGGGCCAGUGAGAUGUGCAACCAGAACUCCCAGUGCAGCUCACGUUUCCGCAUCAUGCGGCAGUGUCUGGUGGGCCGGGACCGGAGCACCAUGCUGGCCAAUAAGGAGUGCCAGGCGGCCCUGGAGGUGCUCCAGGACAGCCCCCUGUACGAGUGUCGCUGCAAGAGGGGCAUGAAGAAGGAGCUGCAAUGCCUGCAGAGCUUCUGGAGCAUCCACAUGGGCCUGAGUGAAGGCGAGGAGCUCUACGAGACGUCCCCUUAUGAGCCGAUGCAUUUCUCUGAUGAAUUCCGUCUCGCCUCCAUUAUUUCAGCCAUGGAUUCUGUCUCCAUGAAGGCAGGCCUGUGCUCUGAUGCAGGUAAGCCAUGUAACCCUUGCCUGGACGCAGCCAAGUCCUGCAACCUCAACGACACGUGCAAGCGCCAGCGCUCGGCCUACAUCGCUACCUGCAACCGGGCGACGCCCAUUGCGCACACCCAGGAGCCCUGCAAUCGCAAGCGAUGCCACAAGGCCCUGCGCCAGUUUUUCGAGCGUGUGCAGAGCGAAUUCAGCUACCCCCUGCUCUUCUGCUCAUGCCAGGACAAGGCAUGCGCUGAACGCCGGCGCCAGACCAUUGUACCCGCCUGCUCCUUUGAGGAGAAGUCGCGGCCCAACUGCCUGGAGCUGAGGAGGACCUGCCGCACUGACCCUCUCUGCAGGUCCAGAUUGGCAGACUUCCACCUGAACUGUCAGAUGACACCCCACACAAUAACGAGCUGUCCUAAUGACAACUACCACGGCUGUUUGGUGGCCUACGUGGGACUCGUCGGAUCGGACGUGACCCCAAACUAUCUGGAUGCCAACCACUCCAACAUCACCAUCUCACCUUGGUGCAGUUGUCGUGGCAGCAGUAACCAGGAGACGGAGUGCGAGGCUUUCCUCCGUGAUUUCAGAGAGAACACAUGUCUGAAAAAUGCCAUACAGGCAUUUGGUUAUGGGGCAAAUGCAGGGCUCCUCCCCAUCACAGAGUCUCAGUCUGGCGUGACCUCUGAGCGACCCCACCUCCAGCCUGCCAUCAUCACCAAACCAGCUAUCAGCUCCAAUGACAUCCAGCCAGUGGACAGCGCGUGCGUGUUCUCCACGUGUGCUAAUCUGAAGGACAGCGAGCAGAAGUGUUCCCCCUCCAGCAGUUUUGAGUGCGCUGAGGAGAACAUCCUGGACCCAAACCUGGAAGGUGCCGUUGACCCGAUGGGCUCCCAUCAAUCAAACAACAACAGAGCCAGACAGUCAAAUGCACCUCCCCCUUGUGUCUCCGUGGCGACCCUCAUCCUGUCUGUCAUGUUAGUCAGUCAGGUCCUGUAAACACACCUGGAUUCCAUAAUGCCAAAAACAGUCUAAGGCACAACCACUUCCCCACACCCCCACCCCACCCAAAAAAAAUUGAGAAAGUCAUUUUGAUCUUUCUGUGUAUGUGUGUGUGUGUGUGUGUGUAUGUGUGUGUGUGUGUGUGUGUAUCACACCCCAUCUUUAACAAUUUUUGACUGCGAAGAAGGAAGUAUACCCAUGACCAUUAGUGUAGUACCACAACCUUGUGUGAGGGACAUUUGGAAAGACUGUGUGACCCAACAAACUACAGAGGGAGAACUUGCCUUCCCCAGGAUUAGAAUGGACGGCGCAUUCUUAUUGUGAUGUAACAGAACACACACAACCAAUCGGGAAGCACGCACCUCGGUAUGCCAUGCUGGAUGAGAGAGGACAUUUUUGAUUGGAGCAGGUGUUCAUAUACAGACCAGCUUCAUGCUUGAUUCUUUAACAUGACCUCCUUCUGUAUAUUACCAUCCAGACAGCAGAGCCAUGGCUCUCUGACAAGGCAGUAUAGGAACACUCGCAGGCCAUCACUGAUCACGUGAAACCUUUCAUUUAUGGUUACGGUGUAUAAAAACAAAUCUAGUUGUGUCCUCUUUUUUGCCACAUCUUAAAAAGUAGAACUCCACUUAAUCUGUGUCUGCAGCGCUUUGUGAACAAAUGUCAUGAUCAGAGCCACUCCACUGCUAUCUCUGGACUACCAGUUAGCAACUGUGGAAAAAGAAUGAGCAGUGUUCGCCUUUGAGAUGAGUAAGAUUGUGUUUCUGUAAUGUUUCGUCCAUGCAAACAGAAGCAAACGCCCUAGCACUGGGGGGAUGCUCAGAUGAGCCAUGUCAAAUGUGUCACAACAGAGAAGUGUCAGUGCACGUAAUGUUCCUCUUAGGCUGUUAUUAUGUCAUUUUUUCUUUUUUCACCAUCUUUCUCUCUCUCUCUCUCUCUCUCUCUCUUUCUCUUUUUCUUGGUUCCCCCAAGAGACUGGGAUUACAGUCAUUUGAGACAAAGCGCUCCAGGGACAAGACCAACAAAGCUCCAUUUGCAGAAAGAGUACAUCGUUAGUGUUUUAUAGUGUGCGAUCUAUCGUGCGGCCUUACGUUCUGUUGUCUUUGUUUUGUUUCUCUGUCCUGUGUAAUGGGGUUCAGGGUUCAAUUUGAAGGGCAGGGUUCAGACCGUACCACUCAUAAGGUAGGGUUCAGACUGUACCACUCACAGGGAGGCCAGGAGCAAAGCUGAUACUCAUGAUCUCAGAGGUUCUGAAUGAAGAGCUCCAAUGACUCCAAAAAACAAACAAAAAAAACCCAAACAAAAAUAAAAAAAACCCAAAACAAAACAAAAAACAACAAACCAACAACAACAAAAGUUUUUGGUUACUCUGUGCUGCUUUAAAAACAGAGUGAGGUGUGGCAGAGACUUAAGAAUGUGUAAGAAAUAUUUGUCUAAAGUCUAAAUAAAAACAUCCCAGUAA